UAUCUUGUAAAUUUUAUAUGAUUCAUCAUAACAAUUAAAAUUUAUUUUCCCUUGGCAACUUCGUGCAGAAAAGGCUAUGUAUUAGUAUUUAAUAAUAAAAAAAAUCAGCAUUAGAGUCACAUCAUCAAGAACAGAAAGGCAAGCAAAGGAUAAAAAAAAUUGAAAACAUGAUUCUCCCAUUUGGCUCUUGUUUUUGGCACCUCAUGGCUCCCUAAAAUCACAUUUUAAUAUGUGUAACAUACCAUAACAACAAAAAACUCUUCAACUAACAACCAAAUAGAAAAAACAUAGUCAUUGCAAAUCAUCAUCAUCACACAUGAUAUAGCGUGACAAAAUUCCACUAUGAAUCCAUUUGAGUAGUCUUUCUUUUCAUUCCUUUCUCACACACCUUUUUCUUGCAAUUUAAGCUUUUACUAUUUUUCUUUACUCUUGCAAUUUAUAUCCCUCUUUGAAGAUUGCCUAAAGUAGGAAACUAAGAGGGAAAAAUAUGAUGAACUCUUCUUGUAUAUCAAAUUGUAUCAACGACGCACGAGACCCACGAGUCCCAGUGAGAGCCAGCUAUGUGAACCUCUACAAGUGGCCGGAAUCAGACGCUGCGUUUGUGAGGUCAGUGAGUUCCGGCAGAGAAAAUGGUUUGCAACAACAUCCAAGGGUGGUGGACAGCAUCUCCUGCAGACAACUGUAUCUGAGAAGCUACACAUUUUGCAGAGACGAUGAAAAGAAAGUGUUGGAAAAGACCAAGAAAUGUUUUGGGAGGGUAAAGGUGAAGAAGGUGAAAGCCAAGGAACGUGUGGUCAUUGGGAAAAAAGCUAAAAAGAUAUCUUGCUCUACUUUGUUUAGUAUCUUUCAAAGGUUCUUGUCUUGCUGUGCUAGUGUUGAUGUUGUGGAUGAAAACCAUCACUUUUAAUUAAUUUUAAGGUCUGUUGAUUUUUUUUUAGAGGAGGUUUGUUGAUGGUGUUGUUUCCCUUUUAAUUAAUUAUAUGCAUUCACACAAAUUCUAAGGAUAUUAUUUUUUUCACAAA